GGCCCCCUGGGUCCCAGCCCCGACCUGCCCGUGCGCAGGGCGGGUCCCGGCUGCAGCCCCAGGGCGGGGAGCGGGCAGAGAAGUCGCUGCCCGGGCGGAGGAAGCGGCCGGGGCCGGAGCCGAGCCCGGCGAUGGCUGCAGCGGGGCCGGCGCAGGUCCAGGUGGCGUUUGAGGACGUCGCUCUGUAUUUCACCCGGGAGGAGUGGGAGCUCUUAUCCCAGCGAGAGAAGCAUCUGUACCGGGACCAGAUGCUGAAGAAUUAUUGGGCCCUCAUUUCCCUGGGCUAUUCAGGUUCCAAACCAGACUUAAUCCACCGGAUCGAGGUAGGGGAGGCAGAGCUCUGGAUCUGGGAUGCCGAGGACUCCAGGGAAAGCUCCGGGCCUGAGAGUCCCUCCUCAGGCCUUCUACCCACACAAUUCCAAAGAGACAAUCCUGGGCAGGCUGCCAUGGUUCAAGGCGUGCCAUUUCCUCCAAUUCUUAUACAAUUUUAUAUCAGUCCAGCAGACGCAGGGCACGGGAUCCCGGGAGGAACGAGGGCACAGCCUGAAUGUGGGGAGAGCGCGGCAGGAAAGCAGGAUCCCACAUCCCACAGGGGGAUCCAUGCACAGGACGCAGUCCAUCCCCAGGGUAAACUCAGCCAGAGACCAGAUGUGACUGCACACCAGAGACUCCCCAUGGGCCGGUGUCCCCACUGCUGCAUUGACUGCGGCAAGAAGUUCAGCAACCCCUCUGCACUGACCCAGCACCAGCGCACGCACACUGGGGAGCGGCCGUACCGUUGCUCUGACUGCGACAAGGGCUUUGCAGAGAGCUCAAAGCUGAGACUACAUCAGCGCAUGCACACCGGGGAGCGGCCGUACCGUUGCUCUGACUGCGACAAGGGUUUUGCACAGAUUGCAUACCUGAGAAUACAUCAGCGCAUGCACACCGGAGAGCGGCCACGCUGCUGCACCAGCUGUGGCAAGAGAUUUGCACACAGCUCAAGCCUGAGAACACACCAGCGCACGCACACCAGGGAGCGGCCGCACCGCUGCACCAUCUGCAGCAAGGACUUUGCAGAGGUUGCACACCUGAGAAUACACCAGCGCACGCACAACGGAGAGCGGCCGUACCGCUGUGCUGACUGCGACAAGAGCUUUGCACAGAUUGCACACCUGAGAAGACACCAGCGCACGCACACUGGGGAGUUGCCACACCACUGCGCUGACUGCGGCAAGGAUUUUGCACAGAUUGCCUAUCUGAGAAUACACCAGCGCACGCACACUGGGGAGCGGCCGUAUCGCUGUGCUGACUGCGGCAAGGGUUUUGCCCAGAUUGCACACCUGAGAAUACACCAGCGCACGCACAGCGGGGAGCGGCCCUACCGCUGCAUCGACUGUGGGAAGAGCUUUGCCGAGAACUCAAAGCUGAGAAUACACCAGCGCACGCACACCGGGGAGCGGCCGUACCGCUGCACCGACUGUGGCAAGAGCUUUGCAGAAAGCUCAAGCCUGAGAAUACACCAGCGCACCCACACCGGGGAGCGGCCCUAUCACUGUGACGAAUGCGGAAAGGGCUUUUCACAGAUUGGACACCUGAGGAAACACCAGCGUACGCACACGGGAGCGGCCGCCCCGCUGUGACGAUUGGGGCAAGAGCUUCAGCAAUACCAACACGCUGACAAACCAGCCGCGCGCGCGCACGCACACCGGGGAGCGGCCGUACAGCUGUCACGAUUGGGGCAAGAGCUUCAGCAGCACUGACGAGGCAUCAGCGCAUGCGCACCGGGGAGCGGCCAUUCCAAUGCAUCGACUGCGGCAAGAGCUCGCACAGAGCUCACACCUGAGAAGACACCAGCGCAUUCACAGCAGGGAGUGGCCAUACAGCUGUGCUGAUUGGCAAACGCUUUGCUCACUUGGGCAGCCUCACCCAGCACCAGUUGACUCACCAAUGCCCCCCUGCCACCGCCAGGGCUUGAGGGGCUUCUGGCAGCCCGUGGAACUGGCACCGCGCCAGCUGGUGGGGGCCAGGGAGCGGUCCUGUCCCCAUGAUGCCCCACAGAGAGACUGUGUGGGGCAGGGAAGGGGACUUGGCCAAGCAGUGUGGGGAAGAGCAGACAGGUGGGGGGAUUUUAGAGCAGAUGGUCACAGCCUACUCUAUUAGGGACCCCCUGCAUCUACCUGGGAUCCACCCAGGUGUCUGUGUCCCUCUCUGCCCCCGCCCCCCCCCCCCACACACACCUAGCUGUGAGGCAGCCAGGACAACCCUCCCCCAUCUAGAUGGGACCGUGUCAGGAACUUCCCCCCACUCCUACCUUGGUUCCAAGCAGGGGCUGACUCUUUGGGGACAUCUGGAGAUGGGAUUGCAGUCCUGCCUCCGCAUGGAUUGGGCUGAGGGGCAGGGUAGGACAGCCUGGUGUGUGAGAUUGAAAGAAGACUCAGGAACUGCUUAUGCUGGUCUACUUUAAAUUUAAAUGUGAUGAAGAAGAACUACAUACCUAAUCUGUAACAAAGGUGUUACUACAUACCUAAUCUGUCUAACCAGGUGUUUCUUUGCUAUUAAAGGAGCUGAUACAUUCGGAUGGCAUAGAGAAAAGCCAACGUGAAGUGUAAAUCUUUAAAAUAAACCAAUCAAAAUGUUCUAAGGCCUAAUUGACCAUGAGGCCUGAUGAACUCUGUGACUGGCAGGUGCACACAGAGACUUUUGCAUUACUCCUUGGGGAAUUCUGUGCUAAAAAAUUAAACGUUCUGCACACCAUAUUUUAAAAUUCUGCAUAUUUUAUUUGUCAAAAUAAUACAAUAUAAUCACAGUUCCAAUUAUUUUGGUGAUUCAUUUCAAACUACCUAUCAGCAACUAUGUCUAAGCUGAAAUCGCAACUGAAGUGUGUUUACCAGACACGUCUGGGGAGUGGGUAAAACCGUUUCUCAGAAACAAAGAAGUUAACGCUUCUGGCCAAGGUAUCAUCAAAGCUGAUGGGUCAUCACCUAUCAGGUAGCCAUUGUUUGGAAAGGAAGUCAAUCAGGAACAAACAAACCUGCAUUUUAGAAAACAACAGCAUGAAACCUCUUCCCCACCAAAAUUCGUCUCCCCACUCAGCUGUGAACUUUAUCUAGGGGUUGCUUGGAGAAAAAUGCAUUUUAAAGGGAGAUGGAACUAUAAAAGAGAGGGGCAAAAACACCUCUUGUUAUUUCUCUGUGUUCAUCUCUCCUUAUCACCUAAGAGGACAAAAAAAAAAAAGAAAAGCAGCUCUUGGACCUCAGGAACUGAUCCAGACCUGAAAAUUUGGUCAGCAAUGCUCCUGGAAACCUAUGCUAAGGGACUUCACUUCGCCCCAAGUCUAGUUUGUUCAGUUUAGUACUAAGAAGUGUUUUUCUUUUUUUUUUUCUUGCAACCAUUUCUGACUUUGAUGCUUCAUCAUUGUACUCACUUGAAAUCUACCUUUGUGAUGAAAUAAAUUUUUCUUCUUUUAAUUGAAAUGAA